GCUUGUAGUCUGUUGAACUUGAUCGGCUUGCAUUCUAUCUUGAUUCUGACAUGUCUCCGUGGCAUAUUGACAAACCAUGGGAGGUUCUAACUCCUUUUGAGUGGGAUCAGGAUGGUAAGCCAGCUGACUGCCUCACGAGGAAGCAUUUCUAUAUUCUGCAACCUGUCUCAGGGAAUGCGAAGUACUCUAAGUCUCAACCAAAUGAAUCUUCAAAUACUGCUCAACCUUUGCAGAAGGCAUAUGUAAACUUAGACGAUGUGACACUUUGUUUAUCAAAGGGAGGAUACAGGGAUGUCAUGAAACUUGCUGAUAAUUUUGCUGCAUUUAAUCAGCGUUUGAAAUAUGCACAUUACCGUCCAUCUGUUCCAGUUAAAAUCGACGCAAAAUCGUGGUGGCAAUAUGCUUACAGAGUUGUUUCAGAACAAAUUAAGAUAGCAAGCGGGAGAAUGUCAUGGGAGCACGUUUUAAAGUACACUAGUCUACGCAAGAGAUACAUCACACAGUAUGCUUCGUUACUGAAAUCUGAUAUCAGUAGGAUAGUUGUUGAUGAUGAUGAAGAAAUCGAGGCCCUUGAUCGGGAACUUGAUACCGAUGUUAUUUUGCAAUGGAGGAUGUUGGCGCACAAGUUUGUUGAGAGGUCGGUACAGGCAGAAAAUUACUCGAAGAAGCAACAGGCUAAAAGUUCAUGGUGGCCAUUCGGAGGGAAGAGUGAAGUGUCCGAAGGUGAAGGAGAAUCUAUUCAAUUCACAGAUGAAGAUUGGGAACGGUUAAAUAAAGUCAUAGGGUACAAAGAAGGUGAUGAGCAAUCAAUUAUCAACAAUGCAAAACCUGAUGCUCUCCACACUUUCUUGGAGGUACAGAUGAAGCGUAGUGCUUCAAAACUUUAUGAUGGGGAGAAAGAAUGUCUUGCGGAGUUAUCAUGUGAAGGUCUUAAUUGCUCCGUUAAGCUUUUCCCAGAGACGAAGAUAGCUGACAUUAAAUUAGGGAGAUAUCGCUUGUCAUCGCCAAGUGGUCUGCUUGCUGAGAGUGCACCUGCCUCUCACUCUGUACUUGCUGUCUUCUGUUAUAAGCCCUUUGAUGCUAAAGUUGACUGGAGUCUUGUUGCAAAAGCUUCUCCAUGUUACAUGACUUAUCUAAAGGAUUCCAUUGAUGGAAUUGUCAACUUCUUCGAAAGCAGUACUGCUGUGAGCCAGACAAUAGCUUUGGAGACUGCCGCUGCUGUACAGUCAACUAUUGAUGAAGUUAGACGCACUGCUCAAGAAGGAAUGAAUAGAGCAUUGAAAGAUCAUUCAAGGUUUCUGCUCGACUUAGAUAUUGCAGCACCCAAAAUCACAAUUCCAACAGAAUUUCGUCCUGAUAACCAUCGUUCUACAAAGCUUCUUCUAGACCUGGGUAAUUUGGUCAUCCGUUCCCAGGACGACUAUAAGCACGAACUGACAGAGGAAUGGAUAUUUAUUGAUAAGUGUGGGGUACUCUUAAAACUUCAACAGAUCUUUCAAACUAAGGAUGAUGAGAGCUCUCAAAUUCUACGUCCUGGGAAGAAGCUGAUUUUGAGGGGUGGUUGUCUAUUCUUAGCUGGAAGUGUCAAUUCCAUGAAUAGGGAAGAGAAGCUACGUGGCAGCGGCCGUGGGUACUUAUGCUUAGUUUGGUCCAUUUAUCUACGUGCUCGAAAACUACGCGGGAAGCAUCUAUACAAAGUUCCCGUAGAGCUUGCGGGAGGAGUAGAGCAUGUCUUGUCCAUUCGUAAUGCUUCUCGGAUCAGUGAUAAGGUUAUGGAGGAUGUAAAUGCACUCAUAUUGAUGUUUGACUCUGAAGACUCCAAAAAACAUGGCAUAGCCGUUUGCAGGGCGCUGUCUAUCGGGCCUCGUUAUGGUCAUCAGGAUGAUGCUUCUUUCAUGGCGGUGCUUCUUGCCAGAGAGAGUAAAUUGUUCGAGUUUAGGGCCUUAGGUGGGAAGGUUGAAGUUUCGAUGAGAGGGAGUGAUAUGUUUAUUGGGACUGUACUAAAAUCUUUGGAAAUAGAAGAUUUGGUGAGCCAUUCUGGUUUAAACGAAUCUUGUUAUUUGGCAAGAUCUUUUAUUCAGUCUUCAGAAAUGCUUCCAUCCUUUGAAGAUGCUGAGAGCAGGAGCCCUGAACGCAUUGAUCCUACUUCUAGUGAAGGGGAGGAAAAGUUUUAUGAAGCACCAGAAAUCUUGGUUGAUUCCAUUGACUAUACAUCUCUCAGGACCCCUAGUUUUAGUCGCAUUGAUGGAUUGCUUCCUGUUGACAACAAGAAUAUCACUAAGCCAAGCAAUGAGACAACUGAGUCACUGGAUAGUUUCGUGAAGGCUCAAAUAGUCAUAUACCAUCAGACGUCACCUCAAUAUAAAAACAUUGAUAACCAGGUUAUGGUAACUUUAGCUACAUUAUCAUUUUUCUGUCGAAGGCCAACAAUUCUUGCUAUUUUGGAGUUUGUAAAUGCUAUCAAUGUUGAGGAUCCAAGCUGUGAAUCUUUUGAGGACAACUCUCCUGUAGCUGGAGAGCAUACUUCCCCAAGAAGAGAUGGAUUUGAAGAUUCUAGGGAUGCAGCUGUCAAGGACAAUCUGCUGACAGAUAUUAAGGUCUUUCCGAACUCGUUCAGUAUUACGGCAAGUCUUGGAAAUUUACGAAUCAGUGAUGACAGCCUCCCAGACGACCAUAUGUACUUUUGGAUCUGUGAUAUGCGAGACCCUGGAGGAACUUCUUUUGUUGAGUUGGCUUUCACAUCAUUCAGUAUCAUUGAUGAAGAUCAUGAAGGUUUCGACUACUGCCUUUCUGGGCAGCUUUCUGAAGUGCGCAUUGUUUAUCUAAAUCGCUUUAUUCAAGAGGUUGCUGAAUACUUUAUGGGACUGGUGCCAAGUGAUUCAAAAGGGGUUGUCAAGAUGAAGGAUCAAAUUACGGACUCAGAGAAGUGGUUUACGACUAGCGAAAUUGAAGGAUCUCCUGCUCUUAAGUUGGAUCUAUCUCUUAAGAAGCCCAUAAUUGUUAUGCCUCGGCACACUGAUAGCCCUGAUUACCUGAAGCUAGAUAUUGUGCAUAUAACUGUGGACAAUACCUUUCAGUGGUUUGCUGGAGACAAAAAUGAGCUGAAUGCAGUUCACGUGGAAACUAUGAAAAUAAUGGUCAUGGAUAUCAACCUUAAUGUUGGUUCUGGAGCUGAAAUAGGUGAAAGCAUAAUUCAAGAUGUGAAGGGGGUUUCUGUAACCAUUAACCGAUCUCUGCGAGACUUGUUACAUCAGAUACCGAGCAUUGAAGUUUCUAUUGGGAUAGACGAACUAAGAGCAGCCCUCUCAAAUAGGGAAUACCAGAUCUUGACAGAGUGUGCACAGUCUAAUAUUUCUGAGCUUCCACAUACUGUGCCACCAUUGAGUGGUGACGUUGUGACAUCUUCAAGAAACUUACAUGAAACUCUUACUUCUGAGGAUACUAAUGCUGCUCAAACAGAGAAAACUGAUGCUUGGAUUUCAAUGAAGGUUUCUGUUGUCAUCAAUCUGGUGGAGUUGUGUUUGUAUGCUGGGACAGCAAGAGAUGCACCGUUGGCUGCUGUACAGAUCUCUGGCGGUUGGCUUCUCUACAAAUCCAAUACACACGAUGAGGGUUUCCUUACUGCAACAUUGAAGGGAUUCAGUGUUAUUGACAACCGUGAAGGAACUGAAAAAGAAUUCCGACUGGCUGUAGGAAGACCUGCAGAUUUAGAUUUUGGAGAUUCACAUUCUGUGACUGAUGAAGAUCAGGGUUUAACUCAGUCACAUGUAACCACGGGGAGUGGUAUUGGACCCUUUCCUUCGAUGCUCACUCUUGAUGCGCAAUUUGGUCAGUUGUCAACUUUUGUUUCCCUUUCUAUUCGAAGGCCACAGCUGCUUGUAGCUUUGGAUUUUCUACUGGCCGUAGUAGAGUUUUUUGUCCCUACUAUAGGCAGUGUGCUAUCAAGUGAAGAAGAUAAAAUCCUUAACAUGGUCGACGCAAUUGUCAUGGAUAAGUCUAUCUACAAGCAACAAACUGCUGAAGCGUUUCUUUCUCCUCUUGGUCCUUUGAUCGCUGAAGAUGAGAAAUUUGAUAACUUUGUUUAUGAUGAAUGGCCAAGUUUUGGAUUCAUGUAUCUCUUGGGAGCAUGCAGCAGCUAUUCUGUUUCUAGAGAGGAUGGGGUUGAGUUGGAAGUAUAUCAUAAAGCCCCACAACAAGACUUUGAGAGGAAGGAAGAUCCGGUUUCUCAAUCUCCCAGCACCACAACAGAGAGGUCCACGGAAAUGAUCAUUGAGUUCCAGGCUAUUGGCCCAGAACUUACUUUCUACAAUACAUCCAAAGACGUAGUGAAAACCCCAUUACUCUCCAACAAACUUUUGCAUGCUCAGUUGGAUGCUUUUGGCAGGGUUGUCAUAAAGAAUGAUAAAAUUGAAAUGAGUGCUCAUACGUUGGGUCUAACCAUGGAAAGUAAUGGAGUGAAAAUUCUGGAACCUUUCGACACCUCUGUUAACAUCUUGAGAUUGUUCAUAGCCGUUGAAGAAGACAUUUUAUCAUUUCUAAGGAUGACAUCCAGAAAAAUGACUGUCGUCUGCUCAGAGUUUGAUAAAAUUGGGACCAUCAGAAAUCCCUACACAGAUCAGAUAUAUGCAUUCUGGAGACCCAAUCCACCCCCUGGUUUUGCGAGUCUCGGCGACUAUUUGACACCAUUGGACAAGCCACCAACUAAAGGGGUUCUUGUUGUCAACACCAAUUUGAUGAGAGUUAAGAGGCCUUUAUCAUUCAAACUGAUUUGGUCACCUUUAGCUUCCGGGGGAUUAGCACCAAAGGGUUAUGUGGCAUUAAGCUGUGUGGCAUCAAGUGGAAGUACACCGCCUUCACUGGCCUCUGCCUUCUGCAUCCUAGCUUCUUCUGUUUCCCCUUGUUCUCUGAGAGAUUGUAUAGCUAUCAGCUCCACAGAUAUUUCUCAAUCAAGUUUAGCUUUUUGGCGCGUGGAUAAUUCUGUUGGCAGUUUCUUACCUGCAGAUCCCUCUACUCUCAACUUAUUAGGAAGACCAUAUGAGCUACGUCAUAUAUUAUUUGGAUCCACUGGAGUCUUGCCAAAAGAAUCCAGCUACGUGGAUGUUCGUACUACUCCUGAUAAUAAUAUUCAGCCCACACGGCCACAGCCACAGCCACUGAAUUCUGUUAACUCUGGUCAUCGAUUUGAAGCUGUUGCCACCUUUGAGUUGAUAUGGUGGAAUAGGGGCUCAGGCUCACAAAAAAAAGUUUCAAUAUGGCGACCAAUCGUUUCUGAAGGGAUGGCUUAUUUUGGAGAUAUUGCUGUUAGUGGGUAUGAACCUCCAAACUCUUGUGUGGUUUUUCAUGAUACUAGCGAUCAAGAGAUCCUCAAAGCCGCUGUUGAUUUCCAACUUGUUGGACGUGUCAAGAAACACAGGGGAGUAGAAAGUAUAUCUUUCUGGAUGCCUCAAGCUCCACCGGGUUUUGUUUCUUUGGGUUGCGUUGCAUGUAAAGGCUCACCGAAACCAUAUGAUUUCACCAAAUUAAGAUGCGCUCGUAGCGAUAUGGUAGCUGGUGAUCAUUUUGCGGAAGAAAGUUUGUGGGAUACCUCUGAUGUCUGGCAGAGGGUAGAACCAUUUAGUAUAUGGAGCAUAGGGAAUGAGUUGAAGACCUUUAUUGUACGUAGUGGUUUGAAAAAACCACCAAGGAGAUUUGCUUUAAUGCUAGCAGACCAGGGUUUGCCUGGGGGAACUGAUAACAUGGUCAUUCAUGCAGAAAUUGAGACUUUUUCUGCUGCACUAUUUGAUGACUAUGGGGGACUGAUGGUUCCAUUGGUUAACAUAUCUUUGAACAAUAUAAGUUUUGGAUUACUUGGCAAAACCGAUUACACAAAUUCAACCAUCAACUUCUCCUUAGCGGCCAGGUCAUAUAAUGAUAAGUAUGAAGCAUGGGAGCCUCUCAUUGAGCCUGCAGACGGAUUCUUAAGGUACCAGUUCAACCCUAGAUCCUUUGGCGCGGUUUCUCAGUUACGCUUGACAUCUACAAAGGACUUGAAUGUGAAUGUCUCAGUUUCAAAUGCCAAUACAAUUAUCCAAGCGUAUUCUAGUUGGAACAGCCUUAGCAAUAUCCAUGGAUACCAUAAAGAGAGAGGAGCACUUCCUCUAGUUGACAAUGGAAAAUCUGUCAUUGAAGUGCAUCAGAAGAAAAACUAUUUCAUAAUUCCACAAAACAAACUUGGGCAGGAUAUAUAUAUUAGAGCCACCGAAAUCAAAGGAUUUAAGGAUAUUGUAAAGAUGCCAUCUGGGGACGUGAGACCUGUAAAAGUUCCCGUCUUGACCAAUAUGUUGGAUUCUCACCUCAGAGGAGAAUUAUGCAGAAAUCCUAGAAUCAUGGUUACAGUUAUUGUGAUGGAUGCACAGCUUCCAAGAACUUGUGGAUUGUCUUCGCAUCAAUACACAGCAGUCAUACGCCUGUCUCCCAAUCAGACCUCCCCAGUUGAAUCAGUGCUUCGUCAACAAAGUGCACGUACUUGUGGAAGUGUUUCAAAUAUGUUGUCCUCUGAGCUGGAAGUGGUUGACUGGAAUGAAAUAUUUUUUUUCAGAAUUGACUCCCUGGAUGACUUUAUCUUGGAAUUAAUAGUGACAGACGUCGGAAAAGGUGCCCCAGUUGGGAAUUUUUCAGCUCCUCUAAAACAGAUAGCAGAAUAUAUGGACAACUUAUACCAGCACAAUUAUGCUAAUGACCUUGUCUGGUUGGACUUGUCUACAACUGAAACCAUGAGCAUGAACCAAGGGGAUCAAAGAAAGAACUGUGGAAAAAUAAGGUGCGCUGUACUGUUGCCAGCUAUAUCGAAAGUGGACCAAAGCAAAUCCUUCAGGGAAAAAAAAUCUGGAUUUCUUCAAGUAAGUCCUAGCAUUGAGGGUCCUUGGACGACAGUUAGGCUGAAUUAUGCUGCUCCUGCUGCUUGCUGGAGGUUGGGAAAUGAUGUGGUUGCAAGUGAAGUUAGUAUGCAGGAUGGAAACAGAUACGUAAAUGUCAGGUCUUUAGUUUCGGUGGAGAACAAUACUGACUUCCUACUUGACCUCUGCCUGCAGUCAAAAGUGAAUUCAAUUCCAGAUAUUCCAAUCGGGUUGCUGAAACCUGGUGAUACAUUACCGGUUCCCUUAUCAGGAUUGACACAGUCGGCAUCUUAUGUUCUGAAACUGAAAUGUGUAUUUCCUGAUGGGUCCGAUGAAUAUUCUUGGAGUUCUGUGGUUUCGAGGCCUGGGGGACCAGAGGUUUCUUGUGAAUCAGAGUCUGAAAUAUGUAUAUCGGCUCUUACUGAAUCCGAGCACUUGUUAUUUUGUACUCAGAUAAACAGUACUUCUUCCGGAGAUAAUCAAAAGUUGUGGUUCUGUUUGAAGACCCAAGCAACAGAAAUUGCAAAGGAUAUACGUUCGGACCCUAUUCAAGACUGGACCCUUGUGGUCAAAUCACCGUUUUCUAUAGCAAAUUGUCUUCCAUUUGGAGCUGAGUACUCAGUGCUAGAGGCGCAAGCCAGUGGUCAUUUUAUUUGUCGCUGUAGAGGUGUCUUUAGUUCUGGGGAAACUGUCAAGGUGUAUAGUGUUGAUAUAAGGAACCCUUUAUACUUUUCUUUGCUACCACAAAGAGGAUGGCUACCAAUGCAUGAAGCUGUCCUUAUAUCUCACCCCAAUGGUGUCCCUGCGAAGACAAUUGGACUAAGAAGUUCUGCCACUGGAAGGAUUGCUCAAGUAAUACUGGAGCAAAACUAUGAUGAACAGCAGAUAGUUUUGUCGAAGAUGAUCAGAGUCUACGCUCCGUUCUGGUUUUCGAUUGCGAGGUGUCCCUCGCUUACACUCAGGCUUUUAGAUCUGUCAGGGAAGAAGCAAACAAGAAAAGUUGGUCUUCCCUUUCGAAGUAAAAAAAAUGACGAAGUAGUCCUAGAGGAGCUUGGCAAUCAGCAACAUGGUCCUGCCAAAGAUCUUUCUGCUCUUGGUGACAUGGAUGGAUCUUUGGAUGUGGAUGCGUAUGAUCCCGAUGGAAAUUGCAUGCGGCUAUUUUUAUCUACAAAACCUUGCACUUACCAGUCGGUUCCUACAAAGAUCAUAUCUGUUCGACCAUUCAUGACUUUCACCAACAGGAUCGGUGAAGACAUGUAUAUUAAACUGAACAGUGCAGAUGAACCAAAAGUACUCCAUGCUUAUGAUUCGAGGGUCUCCUUUGUUUUCCAACCAAGUGGGAGAGAUGAACUCCAGGUCCGGUUAAGAGACACAGAGUGGUCAUUUCCCGUUCAAGUUACUCGAGAGGACACAAUUGUACUUGUAUUAAAGAGUCAAAAUGGUGCACAGAGAUAUGUGAAAGCAGAGAUACGGGGAUUUGAAGAAGGGUCACGUUUUAUAGUUGUAUUUCGACUAGGACCAAGCAACGGUCCUAUGAGGGUUGAAAAUAGAUCAACUGUCAAAAGCAUCAGUGUUCGGCAAUCUGGUUUUGGUGAAGAUUCGUGGGUUUUUUUGGAACCUCUUUCAACAGCAAAUUUUGCUUGGGAAGAUCCUUAUGGUCAGAAAUUCUUGGAUGCUAAGGUUGAAAGUGAUCACCGCUCUGGGGUUUUCAAAGUAGACAUGGAAAAAGGUGUUGUGGAUUCUGAAUUGUGUAGGGAGUUAGAAGUGAACUUUGAUGUUCAAGAAAUUGGUAACAUCAAGAUUGCUAGAUUCACCGAUGAUGAUAGUAAUUCACAGAGUCCUAAUGAAAUCAUAUCUUUGACAUCGGUUGGAAAUCAUGGAUAUUCUACUCCUCAGACACCUACAGAACACAAGACCACCACUCUGGAGUUUAUAAUUGAAAUGGGACUAGUGGGGAUCUCUCUUGUAGAUCACAUGCCUAAAGAGUUAUCAUAUUUUUACCUUGAAAGAGUAUUUGUAUCUUACUCCACUGGGUAUGAUGAGGGAAGAACUAGCAGGUUCAAAAUCAUUCUGGGUCAUUUACAGAUUGAUAACCAGCUACCUCUAACUUUAAUGCCAGUACUAUUGGCACCAGAUAACACUGGAGAUAGUCGUCAACCAGUGCUUAAGAUGACAAUUACAAUGUGUAACGAAGAAACUGAUGGCAUUCAAGUGUAUCCAUAUGUGUAUGUACGGGUAACUGAUAAUACCUGGCGACUAAACAUUCACGAGCCUAUCAUAUGGGCUUCAGCUGACUUCUACAAUAAGCUUCAGAUGGACCGUCUCCCCAAAAGUUCUAGUGUCGCGCAAGUUGAUCCUGAGAUACAUAUAAACCUCAUUGAUGUGUCGGAGGUAAGGCUAAAGGUCUCACUAGAAACAGCGCCAGCUCAGAGGCCUCAUGGAAUUCUUGGUGUUUGGAGCCCCAUUUUGUCCGCUGUUGGAAAUGCUUUCAAAAUUCAGGUUCAUCUAAGGAGAGUAAUGCACAGAGAUCGGUUUAUACGGAAAAGUUCAAUAGUUCCAGCCAUCGGGAAUCGCAUAUGGAGAGAUCUGAUCCACAAUCCCUUACAUUUGAUUUUCUCAGUAGAUGUUUUGGGUAUGACUAGCUCAACGUUGGCUUCUCUUAGCAAAGGGUUUGCCGAGCUUUCAACUGAUGGUCAAUUCAUGCAACUACGGGCCAAACAGGUUUGGUCGAGGCGGAUCACCGGUGUAGGUGAUGCAAUUGUUCAAGGAACAGAAGCCCUAGCACAAGGUGUUGCCUUUGGGGUAUCAGGAGUUGUUACGAAGCCUGUAGAGAGCGCCCGACAAAAUGGUAUUCUAGGGUUUGCCCAUGGGGUAGGACGUGCGUUCCUAGGAUUUAUCGUACAACCAGUGAGUGGUGCAUUAGAUUUUUUCUCAUUGACUGUUGAUGGAAUUGGAGCAAGUUGUACCAGAUGUUUGGAGGUUUUGAGCAACAGGACCGCCUUGGAGAGAAUUAGAAAUCCUCGUGCUGUUCAUGCUGAUGGUAUACUCAGGGAAUAUGAUGAGAAGGAAGCUAUAGGCCAGAUGCUCCUUCACCUAGCAGAAGCAAGUCGACACUUUGGCUGUACAGAAAUAUUCAGGGAACCCUCAAAAUUCGCUUUGACUGAUUGCUAUGAAGAGCAUUUCCUUGUUCCAUACAAACGCAUUGUCAUGGUGACCAACAAGAGAGUUGUGUUAUUACAGUGCUCUGAUCUGGAUAAGAUGGAUAAGAAACCCAGCAAAAUCAUGUGGGAUGUGCCUUGGGAGGAACUUAUGGCGUUGGAAUUGGCAAAGGCAGGUAGCCAAAGGCCCUCGCAUCUCAUACUGCAUCUGAAGAGUUUUCGGAAGUCAGAGAGUUUUGCUCAGGUUAUAAAGUGCAGCGUGCCAGAAGAAUUAGAUGGACUAGAACCUCAAGCUGUCCGAAUCUGUUCAGUAGUGCGCAAAAUGUGGAAAGCAUAUCAGUCUAACAUGAAAAAUCUUGUUCUCAAGGUCCCUUCAAGCCAGAGACAUGUGUAUUUUGCUUGGAAUGAGGCUGAUGGAAGAGACUCAAAAACAUACAAAAACAAAGCUAUUAUUAAAUCGAGAGAACUUUCUUCUUCAAGCUCUGUCUCAGAUGAUAGAAAGCUUGUCAAACAUAGUAUCAACUUCUCAAAAAUCUGGAGUAGUGAGAGAGAAUCCAAAGGUCGAUGUUCUUUGUGUAAAAAGCAGGAUUCUGAAGAUGGAGGAGUGUGCACUAUCUGGAGACCCAGUUGUCCAGAGGGAUUCGUGUCAGUGGGUGAUGUAGCUCACGUUGGUAGCCAUCCCCCAAAUGUUGCUGCUGUCUACAAUAACACCAAUGGAGUGUUUGCACUUCCUGUGGGUUAUGACCUUGUGUGGAGGAAUUGCUUAGAUGAUUACAUAAGUCCUGUAUCGAUCUGGCAUCCACGGGCUCCUGAGGGAUUCGUUUCUCCUGGAUGUGUUGCAGUGGCUGGUUUCAUUGAGCCAGAGCUCAACACAGUCUAUUGCAUGCCAACGUCUCUGGCUGAGCAGACUGAGUUUGAGGAACAGAAGGUUUGGUCUGCACCUGACUCGUACCCAUGGGCUUGUCACAUUUACCAAGUUCGAAGUGAUGCACUUCAUUUCAUGGCUCUGCGACAGACCAAAGAGGACUCCGAUUGGAAAGCAAUUAGAGUUCGAGAUGAUUACAGGUCCAUAGAAUCUGAAUCGGGAAAGAAUUUGCGUUUAGAAUGAAACUUUUCAGUGUUCACUUCUUUUUUUUUGGUUUUUGGGAAACUAGUACUUCAUGUAAAGAAGUAGACUUGCAAACAAAGAGAGCUUUUUUUGUUGGUUUUUUGUUUGGCGUGAAAAGAGAGCCUCUAUGUUGAUAUUUUUGUACAUUUGUGGAUACAAUUACUUGUGCAUUCUAGGAAGCAUGUAUCUGUACAAGUUCUUAUAUAACAGAAAUGUGUCUUAGUUUUAAUGAUAAUAAGAUUGUUAGAAGAUU